AUGUUUGAAGAAAAUAUUGAUGAAAAACGUGUUGUUACUGAUACAAAUAUGUUACUAGAAAACGUCAUCUGUCCGAUAUGUUAUUACAUCCUAUGGAAACCUAUUGCGUGUGGUUCAUGUAAAAAUUUAUUAUGUCGAAAAUGUUCAGAUAAAAAUUCAAAUCUAUGUCCAUUUUGUCGUGUAACAUUUCAAGAACAAUCUCCUGAAUCAAACAUUCUUUCAUUAUUAUAUAAUUUACGUAUUCGUUGUUAUAAUUCUUCAAAUGGUUGUACAGACAUUGUUUCGUAUGAUUUAUUAGAACAACACGAAAAUCUAGAAUGUAAAUAUAUUUCUAAAAAAUGCCAUCGAUGUCAACAAAGAGUACUUAUAAAAAAUAUUGAUCAACAUGAAAAUUUAUGUGAACCAAUUUAUCGAAAUGAAUGUUUACAAGAAAGAUCAAAUGAAAGAGUCGACCAUCGACAAUCAAUAUUUCCUAUGAAUCAAUUUCUUAUGGAAAUUUUCAAUUCAAUUUUUUCUCUAGGACAAAGACCAAGAACGACAUUUAGAAACAAUCUUUAUCAAAGUGCAAUAUUUAAUCAACAUCAUCAACAAAAUUAUUUAGUUCUAUUUUGGAUAUUAUUUAAAUUAAUUGUACUCAAACCAUCAAUCAUUCAUUUAGUUUUGUUAAAAUUUUUUAUCUUUGACAUGCAUAGUUUUAGUAAUAUUGUAAUAUGUAUAUUAUGUUAUAUAGCAAUAUGGAUUUGUUUUCCUUUUAUUCGACGACAUCUUAUUCUUUUUGUAUAUAGUGAAUUAUCAAAAAAUGUUAUUUGUUUUGUACUUACAUCGAUUAAUGAUACAUAUUUUACUUUAUAUCUUAUGUUGACAUCAUUUAUUUCGAUUUUAAUUAAUUUACAAUUAUCAAUACAUGAUUUUCAUUUGAAUAAUAAUUUUGAAAAAAGUUUACUAUGCAUUCUAUUAGAUUUUAUUUUACCUAAACUAUGUCUUUUGAUGCUACGCUUAUUUUUUGAAAUUUUACCAUCAUUUAUAUGUACUAUAUGUUGGUCAUUAAUGGUUAUUUUUACUAUUGGUAGUUUAUUUUAA